GGUAAAGUUUAUUUAUAAGUGAUAGGGAAUAUAUUAUCGUUAUAGGUAUAUUGAUGCUGUUGUGUUUGCAUUGUGCUGUAAAUGUGGUCUUAAUUUCAGGGAAAUGAGUCCUGUACAGGAAGAGUUCGAAGAAGCGUACUGGACUCGUGAAGUUCAUGAUGUAAAGAAGUUUUGCUCAAAUGUUAUGUAUAUUCCUGCAGAAAUAGUAGAGAAAUGUGGGCUUGCUGGAAUGUCAGAGAUUACCCUCAAUGAUGUGGACAACGGGUACCCAUAUGAGUGCAAUGUGAAGAAGAGGCCAAAAAAAAAUGAAACAUAUUUGUAUGGAGAAUGGUUUGACUAUGUAAGGGCAGCGGAACUGAAAGUAGGUGAUAAAGUGCACUUUGUGAUUUAUUACCCGCCGGUGUUAGAUAUUAUGGUAACAGUGGAGCGCAGUGGUGAUCGUUGAUAGAGCUGUUGGUUAGGCAAUGUUUGUGGUGGAUGUAUAGGGCCGUUUUUUAGCAGUUUGGUUUGUAUGGGAUUUAUGGUUUUGUUUUUUUUUGUAAUGGUGGAUGUGAACCAAGAUUAACA